UGGUUGGCUCACCUGCUUCUCGGAGGCAUUGCACGCACUUCUCCAAUGGCCUCUGGCUGCCGAGAUCGCACGUUGGAGUUCCGAUCUCUCUCUCAAACUCUGAAGAAGAUCGAGAGACUCUCAUCACCUGAUCAAGCUGAAGAUGUUCCUUCUACAUCGAAACAAUACACUCCUGUGUCCUAUUCUAGAUCUGAAUUCAACAGGAAGGCCUCUCGAAUUGGGUUGGGUAUUCAUGAAGCCUCCCAGAAGAUUUCGAGGCUUGCUCAAUUGGCAAAGAAGUCAUCGAUGUUUAAUGAUCCCACUGUGGAAAUACAAGAAUUGACGGCCUUGAUUAAGAAUGACAUCACGGCAUUGAAUUCAGCUCUUUCAGAUUUACAAACUAUUCAAAACAUGGAAAUAGCUGAUGGAAAUUAUUCGGAGGAUAGAAUUGUUCAUUCAACAGCUGUCUGUGAUGACUUAAAGGGCAAACUUAUGGGGGCAACUAAGCAGCUUCACGAUGUGUUAACUAGCAGGACAGAGAAUAUCAAGGCUCAUGAGAAUAGGAAGCAAAUAUUUUCCAAGAAAGCGUCUAGAGGCAAUCCUUUCCAGCAUCGAUCAGAGCCAGUGACUGAGCCACCCCCUUGGUCAAAUUCAUUAAAUGCAUCUGAAAGUUCGCAGCAAAUAUCAGCAUCCCUUUCAAAUGAAAUCACACCGAGCAAUCAAUUAAGACGGAGGCUAGCUGCUGACAACGCUCCAUCCCAGCAAAUGGAAAUGUCUAUGAUGCAGCAAGUGGUCCCAAGACAAGAAAGUUAUAGUCAGAGUCGUGCAACUGCUCUGCACAGUGUGGAAUCUACCAUCACAGAACUGAGUGGGAUUUUCACUCAUUUGGCCACAAUGGUUGCUCAUCAAGGGGAACUAGCUAUCAGGAUUGAUGACAACAUGGAUGAGUCAUUGGCAAAUGUUGAAGGAGCUCACAGUUCUUUAUUGAAGCAUCUCAGCCAAAUAUCAUCGAAUAGGUGGCUUCUGAUCAAGAUAUUUGCCGUUCUGAUACUAUUUCUGCUGAUCUUCAUAUUCUUCGUGGCCUGAAUUAACUCACGCUUGCCCAAUCACACAAGCAUGUUGGUGGCUCAUUUGGAUUUAUUUGUUUUCCUCCAUCCAUCGAGGCAAAAAUGUUAAGGCGUGUGCAUGCAACAGGUGUUCUUUAUUUUUUACAAGUCAACAGACAGGGCUUCACUGGUCUGUAAAGUUUUACAUUCUCAGAUUAUGUUGUUUGGCGUGAUGAUACAUAUGCCGAAACUCUCAGUCGAAUGCAUAUUAUGCAAGCUA